UCACUGCGGUGCCUUCGAGUACAAACCGGAAGUAGAAGACCGACACACGCAGCUUCUGUUUUGUUCAGAGUUUGACUAAAAUCCUUGAUUUUCGGCUUAAAAUGCGGACGUUUUGUUGGAUUGCACUGAGUUGUCGCGUCGUUUCAACGAUAAAUGAAACGUAAGUGAACAGUUAGUCGACGUCUUUGAGCUUGAACUCGGGAUUGUUUGUGUUAUUAGCUGCUAUCGCUGCUCAGUCGAUUAGCUCCCGGGCGCUGGACCGUCCCUGCCCGUGUCUCUGCAGCUUCAUUCUGGGGAGGAAAUGGGACGAGGGAAGGGUCGAGAGCAGCGACGCGGUCCCCCGAUGGGACCGCCGGGAGAAGACGCGCCUCCGUUCGACAUGGGUCGACCCAGGUGGGGCCCGAUGCCGCCUGGAGGCUGGGGUCCGAUGCCGCCUGACGGUUGGCCGCCGCAUGAGUGGGGCCCUCCACCACCGGAAGGAUGGGGUCCACUGCCGCCUGGUGGAUGGGGACCACCGCACGGAGACUGGGGUCCGAGAGGGCUUCCGCAUCCUGACUGGGACCCAAGAGGACCUCCACUGCCGGGCUGGGGGGGUCCCCCCGACGACUGGCUCCCUCCUCUAGAUGACUGGCGUCGAUUUCGUGAGGACUGGAGACUUCUUCACCCUGACGACCUGAGACUGCCGCACCCGGAUGACUGGAGACCCCCGCAUCCAGAUGACUGGCGACCUCCACACCACGACGGCUGGGGACCCGACAGGCCUCUCCCUCCACCCGGUUGGGGACAUCCGGGCUGGGGUCCAGAGCCUGCUCCACCUGUACCCCCUCCCGUCAUCCCCCCGCCCCCUGUAGCGAUUCCUCCUCCGGACCCUGCAGCUUUUGCCCCGGUGCCCCCGGUGCCCCCUGUCCCUGCGUUCGGUUUCCCGGCCUUCCCUCCUCCAGGCUGGACAGGAGAGCCUGUCCCUGAGGAACCGCUGGUGAAUCCGCCCCCGGACCAGCCUGAGUGGAUCAAAGCCUUGAUCUCGGCUCCGCCCACUGAGUCCAAUCAAGCUGAAGCUAAGAAAGAAGAUCCUGCUGAUGGCGCCGCCCCCGGACCCGGACCCAGCCCCGUCUCAAAACCUAAACCUGAACCCAGCAAGACCAGCAAAGCCAUCGGCCUUCUGGGAAAACGCAAGUUUGACAAGCCUCCUCCUGGCAGGUCCACAGGAAUCAUCUCCUUCAUCGGGCCGACCUUUGGCUACAUCGAGAGAGAAGAUCUGGAGAAAUUCACCUUCAGCUUCAGCGCUUUCUUUGGAAACCCAAAAGCCAUGACACCCGGGGUCAGAGUUCACUUCACCGGCUGUAAGAACAAGCACAAGAGUCAGAUAGCGACAGACGUCAAAGUGGCCCCAGGUGGGACCGAGAACGUUGACGUGGACAUCUACGAGGCUGUGGUCAGUAAACCAAUCGUGGAGCCUCAGCCUGGCGAGCGCCAGUACCCGGGUCAGGUCUACGUGAACAUCGGUCCACUGAGGACCAACCUGACGUUUGAGAGGAAGGACAGCACGGUGACGCUGCUGAAGGACGACCAGGUCCUCAUCAACCUGCUGACCGAUAUCGUGACGGAGAAGAGGAGGGCCACCAACAUCAAACCCCAGAUCCCUGCCACCUUCAGCCACACGGGGGAGACACGCGAGGAGGGCAUCAUCAUCAGCCUGAAAGACGACAAAGGCGUCAUCAAGUCAGAAAAUCACAGUGAACUUCCCUUUGACAUUGGAGAAAACCUGAGUGACGUGGAGUUCACGGCCGAGGACGUCAACGAGGAGGUGGAGUUCACCGUCCUCAUGUUGUUGUCUGGGAAACAAGCCGUCAGGAUCCGUCGCGUGAAGGAGCCGCUUCUCCUCACGCUGUCGUCCGCAACAGAGGAGGCGGCGCUGGCGGCAGCGAAAGAAAACCACGACGGAGACUCGGAGGCACCGGGAGGAAAGACGAGGGUCCAAGCGGAGCCGCCGCCCGGCAUGAUGCUGGACUCUGAACUGUACGAGGGGAUCGUCAGUCAGCCGAUCAUAGAGCCUACGCCCACCUUGCAGGGUUACCCAGGUCAGAUCAGCGCCAACAUCGGCCCGAUCAAGACAAACGUGACCUUCAACCACCAGGACUGUGGCGUGACGCUGCUGAGGAACGACCACGUGCUCAUUAACCUGCUCGUCGAUGCCUCUACCAAGAAGAGGAGAGCGGCGAACAUCAAACCAAAGAUCCCAUUCACGUUCUGUUACACCAAGGAGAAGAGAGAGCUGGGCAUCAUCACCAUCCUUGGGCCUGAAGAGGGCAUCAUAAACUCUGACGACCACGGUGAACUUCCCUUCGACGUCUGCGAGAACUUCAGUGACUCAGAGUUCAACAGCAGUGACAUCCACCAGGAGGUGGAGUUCACUACGACCAUAGUGAAGUCAAAGAAGCGAGCGAUCAGACUGAGGAGGACGAAAAGGUUUGAGGACCAAAUCCUGGCGGAGCAGAAGAGACGUGGGGAGGAGGAGAAGAGGAGGAAGAAGCUCGAGGAGGAGGAGAAGAAGAGGAAACAAGAGGAGGAGGAGAAGGAGGAAGAGGAGCAAGAGAGGAGGAGGAAGGACGAGGCAGCGGCGGCGCUUGCCGCAGCUAAAGACAAGUGGACGCCGCUCGGCUUCUCGGUGAGAGAUCCCUGCACGCGAGACGACAUCAGCAAGGAGCGGUUUGAAGGAACUGUCCUCAGGGCCAUCUCCCAAUUCCCUCGCAGGGAGAUCAAGAAGGAGCCGGAGGAGGAGCACACAGGAGGGGGAGGAGCCUCUGGUGAUGGGCAAACACUCCCUGGACAGGUGAAAAUAAAAGUGGAGACAAAAGAUGAAGGAGAGGAGGAAGGAAAACCUGUCAGAGAGGAGGAAAAGAUGGAGGUGAAGAAGGAGGAUCAUGUGUUGCAGGCUGGAGGCGGAGCAAAAACAGGCCGCGAAGUGGGUCGACUGGUGAUGACCAUCGACGGUCAACAGAAGCAGCUUAGUUUCGGUCCCAGAGACCUGCUGACCACGGCCACCAUGCUGGACGGAGACAAGGUACGUUUCAACAUUGCCACCAAUUCAGAGACCAAAGAGGAGCGAGCGACCUACGUGGAAAUCCUGCCCGACUCCUUCGAAGAGUCCACCGAACAACGUCGAAAUGGCAUCGUGAUCGAGUUCUCAGGGCCCUCAGGCCUCAUCAAGUGCAGUCAGAACCCACAGCUCUUCUUCUUCAUGUCAGAGGUGAUUGAGAAGAAAAGGCUGGAGUUAAACGAGAAGGUCGAGUUCAGCGUCAUCCCGCAUGAGACGGCAGAGGGCGGGACCCAGGCCAUCAGGAUCAAACGUUUCACAGAGAGCGUUUUCCUUCCAGCUCGCAAACUCGUUGCAGUCGGAGCAAACAAAGGGAAGAUGACCAUAAAACUGAGCAAAGCUGCAGAGGAGACGGAGAAAGAAAAACCAGAGAAGGAAAAACUGAAGGCAGUAGUGAAAAGUCUUAGAGCGCAGGACAACAAGUCCAGCAUCAGCAGGCGGGAUCACAGCGCCCCCCGGCACAAAUAUGGCCACAGCAGAAGUAGGAGCAGGAGUCGAAGUAGGAGCAGGAGUCGAAGUCGGAGCAGGAUUCCAAUCACAGACGAGUUUGGCCGUGUCAAAAGAAAACAUAGUCCCAGUGCCGAACGAGAUCGUAAAAGCAGGUACAGAAACAGCAGAGAGAGUGAGAGGUCACACCGGCACAGCAGGAGUCGCUCAAGGAGCCGCAGCAAGAGUCGCAGCAGGAGUCGCAGUAGGAGUCGCAGUCGGAGCAAGGAAAGGUCCAGAAAGGCUCCAGAAAGGAGCUGCAGAGAACGCGAGGAACCUCCGAAGAGGAGGAGAGAGCCGAGUCCUCCUCAAAGACGUGGAGGCUUUGAUGACGAGCUAGCUAGGAAGAAACGUGAGCUAGAAGAGCUAAAUGAGAUGAUAGCCUACAAAAAGGCUCUGGUGGACAUAGAUCCCAGGGGACUAGAACCUGGACACAGGACUUGCAUCGACUAUGAUCACGGCAGGAUCACUAUGCCACUCACCGAGUUCAAACCAGUCCGUUCCAUCCUGAAGAAACGACCCGAAGGACCGGAGUACGAACAUCGCCCUACUCAACAUUACGAUGAUCCAUAUUAUGAUCGACCAUUUAGUCCUUACCAAGAUCGGCGUUAUGGUGACCGCUAUAGUGACCCAUAUGCAGCUCGUCCCUACCCCAACCCUCCUUAUACUGAGCGACCUUACAGUGAGCUUCCUUAUGAAAGUCGGGUGUAUAGUGAACCGCCCUACAGUGGUGUCCCUUCGUCUGCCAGUAAUCGCUACACCGAUCGCUACGAUGUUUAUGAUGAACCUUAUGAAGAACGUUACUAUGAACCAGCAUAUUCAGACCGACCUAACGAUGAUCCACAUCGCCCUGCAAAAGUGACCCAGUCUCUGGAGCCCCGCAAUCCGUCCCCUUCUUUACAGCCGGCAGCCUCCUCACAACCUGCUUCAACUGCCUCAUUUUCCCAAACUCCCUUUAGACCUCCUUCUCCCACUGAACCACCUCCUCGAAGUCCGUCCCCCAAGCUGAAGAAUGUAACCCAGCGCCCAUCGCCUCCAGUUGAGAAACCACCUCUGGACCGUUUCCUUGACAUGCUGAACAAAAAAGUUGUGGCUGAGAAGAAAUCCGAACCGAUUCAGGUCAAAGAUGAUCUUCUGCCUCAUGAGCGGGCACUUCAAGAUGGUGCGGGGUUCUCUCGUUUUGUUGGACUUGUCCAAGAGCAACCAAGCAGCAGUCAAGCUCUAGAAGGGGAAAAGAAACAACAAAGCCCUAAACGGUCUUCGGAGGAGAGAAUCAAUGAAGAAUCAAAGAUCAAGGCAGAACCCUAUGACAAGAUCCAGAGUCUACUCCGUUCGAUUGGCCUGAAGCUGAGUUCGGGGGAUGUGUCUAAACUGGCGAGCCGGGCUCAAGAGAAAAUCUACAGUCCAAAGUCCUCCUCCACAGAAAGAGAGACAUUGUCCUCCACAAAAGAAGAACUGCAAACAUGUAGAACGGGAUCAGUUGAAACCGAUCGCAACCAUACUCCCUCUCCCAUUAGAUCCUCCAGUGUGGAGUCGCUCAGCAGACAUAGAACAGUGUCAGAGUACGAAGAAUUCCUAGACCAACAAGAGCUGGAGACACUAAAGAAGGCACAGCAAUUACAGAAUCUCACCAAGACGAUGGGGAGUACUCUCCCCUCCACCAUGCCUCCAAAACCACCUCCUGGGCCUCCACCGACUCAAUACAUACACCCACCCCCACCUGUUAACUGGCCACUGGGAGGCACCAUUUAUCAAGAACAGACCUUCACAGCUGCAAACUUAGGAACUCAACCAACCUGUCAACUACCACAGAGAUUUGGCUUUCCUCCUGGACCUCCUGCUGGACCACCUCCACGGCGUCCUGGCCAGCCUCCUCCAGGGCCCCCUCCUGGACCUCCACCACGGCGUUCCACCGGACCACCUCCUUUUGCUCCGCCCCCUAAUAAUACAACCUUACCUUUCAUUGGCCUGCCUCCUGCAGCACAAUUAUCUGAUACCAGUCCUACCCAGCCCGUAACCAAUGCCACGGCAACACAGUUACCAGUCACAUCAAGUCCUCCGAGCAAUGACCAGUCAGCCAUCUCUACGACUAUGGCCAGAUGUUUGAAGGUCAUAGAGACCGUCAAGUCUCUGGCAUCACAACCCACAGCCAAACCAGUGAAGUCAGUCCAGUUCAGUUUACCCACCGAGUCUCCAUCAGUGUCCAGUUUUCAGGUUUCCACAGAGACGGAUGAAGAUGUCAAGGCAAAGCAGAAGGAGAAGCUGGAUUUAUAUGACCAGAGGAUCUUGGAGAAAAGGGAGCAGCAGUUCCAGGAGAAGAUGGCCCGCAAGAAACAAGGGGACAAGGAUGGUGCUGCAGUCGCCCCAGGAAAGCCAAUCAGCAGCGAGCCCAAGAAUGUCUGGAUCUGUGGUCAUUCUUUGGUGUACUGGGCCGAAUCUCGAGCUAAGUCUCCAGAGGUAGGUAUGCAGCUGGGCAUGGAACGGAGUAAGGUGGCCCUCUGGUGGAAGGGCACCCAAGGCAUGACUUGGUCUCAGCUCCUGCCCCAGCUCCACCAGCUGAAGGUCACCUGGCCCAACCCCGACGUCCUCAUCGUUCACCUGGGAGGUAACGACCUGAGCACCGACAGCCCCACCGACUUGCUGGCCUCCGUCAAGAAAGACCUGACCUCUAUCAGGAGCAUCUUCCCUCAGUGUGUCCUUGUGUGGUCCAACAUCCUCCCUCGGAGGGUGUGGCGCCACUCGGCUGACAACCACGAAGUCGAUUUGAUCCGCACAACCGUGAAUCGUAGAAUCCACAGUAUUAUCUCAGAGUUGGGCGGCACGUCACUGUCCCAUGACAACCUUCGCUGCGGUGCAAACACUGGCUUGUACCGCGCCGAUGGCGUCCAUCUGUCCCCCAAAGGCAUUGAUGUCUUCAACCUGAAUCUCCAGGAUUUUCUGGAGAAGUGGGAGAUGGAAGUGAACAAGGUGUCCGAGAAAAGUUAGACAUGUAUUGGUGAUAUGUGGUUUUUUUUUGUUUGUUUUUUAUUUCACACUGUAGUCCGGUCAAUCAGGAUAUAUUUGAUGGUCACCGGUUGCUUGGUAGUUUUAGCUUUGGUUUAUCAAGAACUUUACAGUCAAAUGUUUGUUUGUCUGUCGUGAAACAAUAAACUCAACUCAACUGUU